CGCCGCGGGCGGUGUAGACGCCGACGAGGAGGGGCUGGGAAAAUGUGCGCAGAGUCCGCCCGGGUCGUGCCCGCCGUAGACGGAUGAAGCAGCGCGCUGCGCCCCGGCGCUGAGGCCCCGAGGAGCGGGGCAGCGGGUCGCCCUCCCCACCAUGAAGAAGACCCGGAGCACAACCUUGCGGCGAGCCUGGCCUAGCUCGGAUUUCUCGGACCGGGCCUCGGACCGCAUGAGGUCCCGCAGCGAGAAGGACUACCGCCUGCACAAGCGCUUCCCCGCGGCCUUCGCGCCCCAGGCUUCGCGGGGCUACAUGACAUCAGGUGAUGUAUCACCAAUCAGUAUGUCUCCCAUCAGUCAAUCUCAGUUUAUUCCACUCGGGGAAAUCCUUUGCUUGGCCAUCUCAGCAAUGAACUCAGCAAGGAAACCUGUCACCCAAGAAGCACUGAUGGAGCACCUGACAACGUGUUUCCCAGGUGUUCCAACCCCAAGCCAAGAAAUUCUGCGGCACACACUGAACACGCUGGUACGGGAGAGGAAAAUCUACCCAACUCCAGACGGCUAUUUCAUCGUGACCCCACAGACUUAUUUCAUAACUCCUUCCCUCAUAAGAACUAACAGUAAAUGGUACCAUUUGGACGAGAGGAUACCUGACAGGUCUCAGUGUACCUCUCCACAACCUGGAACCAUAACGCCCUCUGCCUCAGGCUGUGUCAGGGAAAGGACAUUGCCCAGAAACCACUGCGACUCUUGCCACUGCUGCAGAGAAGACGUGCACAGCAUGCACGCCUCGACUCUGCAGAGGAAAUCUGCCAAGGACUGCAAAGACCCGUACUGCCCUCCUUCACUCUGCCAGGUGCCACCCACUGAAAAGAGCAAAAGUACUGUAAAUUUUUCCUACAAGACAGAAACUCUCUCCAAACCUAAAGAUAGUGAAAAGCAGUCCAAAAAAUUUGGGCUCAAGUUAUUCCGGCUAAGUUUUAAAAAAGACAAGACCAAACAGCUGGCUAAUUUCUCUGCCCAGUUCCCUCCUGAAGAGUGGCCCCUACGAGACGAGGACACACCAACGACUAUCCCUCGGGAGGUAGAGAUGGAAAUCAUUCGGCGUAUUAACCCCGACUUGACCGUGGAAAACGUCAUGAGGCACACUGCACUAAUGAAGAAGCUUGAAGAAGAAAAGGCGCACAGGAGUAAAGCCGGGUCCUCUGCCCAUCACAGCGGAAGGAGUAAAAAGAGUAGGACUCAUCGAAAGUCCCAUGGAAAAUCCCGGUCACACAGCAAGACCCGAGUGUCCAAAGGAGACCCAUCGGAUGGUUCACAUCUGGAUAUCCCGGGUGAGAGGGAGUAUGACUUUUGCGAUCCUCUUACCAGGGCACCGAGGGAGGGCUGCUUCAUCAUCGAACACAAAGGAGAUAACUUCAUCAUGCAUAGCAACACCAAUGUGAUCGAGUCCCACUUCCCCAUGACACCAGAAUGGGAUGUAUCUGGUGAAUUGGCCAAAAGGAGAACUGAGAUGCCUUUUCCAGAACCUUCCAGGGGGAGCUCCCACUCAAAAGUACACCGAAGCCACAGCCAUACCCAGGACCGAAGGUCCAGGAAUGAGAGAUCCAACAAAGCCAAGGAGAGAUCCAGGUCGAUGGAUAACUCCAAAGGCCCUCUGGGUGCUUCUUCUCUGGGGACGCCUGAAGACCUGGCUGAGGGCUGUAGCCAAGACGACCAGACGCCCAGCCAAUCAUACAUCGACGACAGUACUUUAAGGCCUGCACAGACUGUGGGUCACCCAAGGGCUCACAUUUCAUCCACAAGCUACAAAGAUGUGUGUAUUCCAGAAAUAGUCAGUGGCAGCAAGGAACCUUCCAGUGCAUGUGGCCUUCUGGAGCCAGGCAAACCACCCGAGAGUUUGCCAUCCUAUGGUGAGCUCAACUCUUGUCCAACCAAGACAGCUGCAGACGACUAUUUCCAGUGCAACACCUCCAGCGAGACAGUGCUCACAGCACCAUCGCCUCUGGGAAAGAAUAAGGAGGACCAUGACACCCUGACCCUGGUGGAAGGGGUGAAGAAGCUGUCUCCGUCUGAUAGGCAGAACCCCCAUUCCUCCAGGGAGCCUGUAGGGCACAAGGAGGAAUCACCCAAAGGGCCAGGUGGGGGCUCAGCCACUUCGGGUGGAAUGGCUGAGGGGAUUGCCAAUGGGCGCCUCGUCCAGCACCACAGCGCUGAGCCCAGCAGCCUGGACAAGAGGAAAGAGAUAUUCAGCAAAGACACACUGUUCAAACCUCUUCACAGCACCUUGUCUGUAAACAGCUAUCACAAAUCGAGCCUGUCCCUCCUCAAAUCUCACCCGAAGACACCUGCUGACCCACUGCCAGGGCGAUGCGAGAAACUGGACCCUUCCCUGGGGACCUCGGCGGCACAAGCCAUGCCUGCUUCCCAACGCCAGCAGGAGUCAGGAGGGAACCAGGAAGCCUCUUUUGACUAUUACAAUGUCUCUGAUGAUGACGACUCUGAGGAAGGGGCAAAUAAAAACACAGAGGAGGAGAAAAACAGAGAUGAUGUAGGCACCAUGCAGUGGCUUCUCGAGAGGGAGAAAGAAAGAGACUUGCAGAGGAAAUUUGAGAAGAACCUCACCCUCCUUACCCCAAAAGAAACCGACAGCAGCAGCAACCAGAGAGCUACCCAUUCAGCCCGACUGGACAGCAUGGACAGCAGCAGCAUCACUGUGGACAGCGGAUUCAACUCCCCACGUACUCGGGAGAGCCUGGCUUCCAACACGUCAAGCAUUGUUGAAAGUAACCGUCGUCAGAACCCUGCUUUGAGUCCCGCCCAUGGUGGAGCUGGUCCAGCCUUCAACUUCCGAGCAAGUACAGACCCCCCGACAAAUGAAGCUGAGAAGUUACAGAAACCUUCCAACUGCUUGCAAGCUUCUGUUACUAGUGUGUGAUAGUCAUUCUGCCUCAGAUCUUCUGUCUCGUUCGAUACAGCAAAGUUUACGACACUGGGACUGAUGUUUACAUCUUUGGAAAGACAAGCAUCUCAACCACAGUUUUUGUGUUUACUUAAACUGUGCUGCUAAGUAGGCUAGGGCAAAAACAAAACAAAAAUCUUUAUUUCAGAGUAUUGCUUUUCACAUUUAUGGCUCUGUAGCAACCGAAUAGCAGUAGGGGUGAUAUGUAUACUUUUGCUUCACUAAUUGUAUCUGAGCACACAUAGGAAAGUCUAGACACUGUAAGUGUAAUAUGCAUUUCCAAUGUCAUGCAGUUGCCAAUUCCAUUUUAAAAUGCCACAGAUGCGUGUUGCUCCCAGUCUGUGGUUAAAUGGUGCCACAGAACUGAUCCUUGACACUUCCAAAAAUAACGAAGUCACCACAAAAUGUCAAAUGCAAGGGUCCACCAUGAGGGAAUGCCAGACUGACUAGAAGGGACCCCAACCCUUUUGUGCGUGAGUUGUUUAUGCACCAGUCAUUUUUUCACUGUGAGUUUUUGUGAUACUAUUUUGCAGGAGCCCAUGGAAGUGUGUCAGAGGGGGUCACGAUGGAAAUACUGGGAGUGUUUGUUUUCGGAUUUUGUUUUCAAGUGUAACAGAUGCUUGUCUCAUUUUUAACCUUCCCUAAUCACAAACAGGAAUAUAGGCCUUUGAAUCUGAAGUGAAUAAAGGAAGGGAAUUCCCAAUCUGGCUGGGGUACAGCGCUAAGGGAUGGAAGAGGAAAUGUGAACUUGGAGAAGAUAUUAAUGAAAUAUGGAAGGAAGAUCAUUUCCUCCUUGCGAUACUUAGGAUGAUCCUAUCUUACUAUAAUAGAUACAAUAAUUAGUUUGUUUAAAAGCAAAUUGUUCUUUGUGAUACAAAUGAAGAGUAUGGCCUGAGGAUGUUAUUCUUUCUAAUGGAAGGACAUAAAUCUAUUUUAUGUAGUUUUUAAAUAGAAUGCCUAAAUUAGGCUGUGGGAGAUAAUUUGUAGUGGUUAUAGGAAAGAGCAAGUUUAAGGAGAGUUGAACUUCAGGCCUUUUAUUCCUGGGAAGAUAUCUAUAGAGAAAACUUUAAAAUAAUUUUUGAUUAGAAAUUUACAUGUGCCCAUGCAACCACAGCAGAAUGUGCUCAUUUUGCUAGUGUGGUAUAAUCUUAAUUUGUACUCCCCUAAAAUUUAUCAGAAUAAUAAUUAUGCAUACAUGAACUAUGCCAGAGUAAUGUUUACAGAUACUUUGUAACCAAUUUCUGGAGGCAGUUUUAGGCGAGUUAAAGUUAUCAGCCCAACUUAUUUCAGAAUGAAUUAUUAACAUUUUACCAUGGUUUACAAUGUCAUGUUGAAUAUAAAAAAGAUUCAGCCGUGAAAGGAUUGCAAAUAAGCUUCAAUCUUAUAGAAAGUAGACAUUUCAAGUUCUUAUUUUUACUUUCUGAGAACAACGGAGUACAUCUGUAGAAUUUAUUUGCAAAAGGAGUACUUACGGCACACAUCAGUGGUCUCACAUAAAGUUUUAUUGAGUUUAGUGCCAUGUGCUUUUUGUAGCCAUA